GCUUCUUAGUGAGCGCGGGCGCGCGCGUAUUCAAAGCUGAGCUGGACAGGCCCAGGGCCACGGGACAGAUGCUACACUGCCUACAGCCUCAGGCAAGAGAAAGACGCCGCAUCCAUGCAUGGGCGUUGGAGGGCGGCCACUUGCGUCCUCGAGGAAAUCUGUGCAACUUCCCGCUAACCUGGCGUCCGGGAGGUGUUGAGAUGCACAUCCUGCCAAUAUUGCUGAGGUGCACCCAAAAUGAAGCGAGAUUGGCAAUGAGAGCAAUCUGCCGUUGAAGUGACACAUUGUUCAGCUUGUGGCAAGAGGAUGGUGCACUCUGCUUUCAAGGCAGUCUGCCUCGUGCCCGAGAGCCGAGUGAAAGUGGAGAGCGUGGCGCUCUGGGGAGACCGCUUGCUGGUUGGCUGCCUUGAUGGAUCACUGCAAGUGCAUGGUCCCCCCCAAGGAGCGGAGUCCCCAGAUGGAGCGCCCUACGCUCUUGUUGAGAAAAGGGUCGGCUUUGGCAAGAAGUCCAUCGUGCAAUUGGACGUGCUUCAAUCAAGAGCGCUUCUCGUGUCCCUCUCCGACGGCAUCAGCCUGCACACCCUCCCCGAACUCGACCUCGUAACGCACCUCUACAAAACAAGGGGGGCCACUUCCUACGCCCUCCAGCCCCCCGCCGGCCUCCUCGCCGUUGCGCUCCGCCGGAAGCUCCUCGUCUACUCCUUCGACGCCGCGAACAAGGAUGACGUCAGCAUCUCGGAGAAGGCUGACGUCAGCAUCCCGGACGCGGUGCGCACGAUGGCCUGGGCGGGAGAGGGGGCGGUGUGCGUCGGGAUCGGGCGGCAGUAUUCGUUGGUGAACGUGCAGACGAGAGCGAUGACGGACGUUUUUCCGACCGGUCGGAUCGGGCCGCCGGUCGCGGCGGUGCUGCCGGAGGGCGAGCUGCUUCUGAGCAAGGACAACAUCGGCGUAUUUGUGGAUGCUGCCGGCAAGCCCACCCGGACCGGCGGCCUCAGCUGGUCGGAGCCGCCGGCCUCUGUUAUCGCCUCACCUCCGUACAUCAUUGCUUUGCUGACGCGCUUUGUCGAGGUGCGCUCGCUGCGCCCCCCUCACUCCCUGGUGCAGACCGUCCCUCUGCGCUCCAUGACCCUGCUGACGUCAGCGCCAGCUGGCAGCGCCCUGGUGGCCGACGACAAGGCCGUGUACCGCUUGCAGCCGGUCGACGUGGCAGCACAGAUCUCGCAGCUCCUCGCGGGUCGCCAGUACGAGGACGCGUUGCUGCUUUGCCAGCAGCUGCAAGGGGAGGAGGCGCAGUCACGAACAGCGAAGGAAGACGAGAUCCAUACGCGCUACGCAGAGGACCUGUUUCAGAGGGGCGAGUAUGAGAGUGCCAUGGCUCACUUUGCGGCAGCUCCCCUGGACCUUCCAUCCCUCCUAUCUCGAUACUCCUCCAUCGAGCUCCCGUCAAACAUUCCCUCUGAACCUGAAGCCCAGUUGAGAACCGGCCCCGACAACCUAAACAAUCCUUAUACCGAAAGACCCGUUUCUAGAGAGAGUUCCCUCUCGCCAACCGUUGCAAACAGCCCGCUUGCGGGCCUCACCCUUACCCGCGCUCUGAAAGCCCUUUCGGAAUUCUUGACACUGAAGCGGCCGGGCAUAGUAUCCCUAGUCGAGCCUCGCCGAAGUAGUGUCAGUCUGCCCUCCUCCGAUUACAGCUCGAGGGAGCCUGCACCUUCUCAGGGCCUCUCGCCGCAGCAGCAGGCGACCCUUCUUGACACCGCGCUGCUCCAAGCGCUGCUGGCGACGGACAGUGUCAAGCAGGCGCGCCAGCUGCUCGACGGCCCCAACUUAUGCCACGUGGCGACCUGUGAGCCGCUCCUUUCGGCAGAUGGACGGUUCGAGGAGCUUUUGGCGUUGUAUAGAUCGCAAGGGGCGCAUCGAGAGGCGCUCGAUCUGCUCAGACGGCUGGCUGAAGACGGGUCUGGGGGGUCAGCUUUCGGGCAUGAGCGGCUAGCGGAGUAUUUGAAGCAGCUGGGGAGCGACAAUAUUGGCCUCCUGUUGGAGUACUCAAAAUGGCUUUUGGAGGCUCAUCCUGACGAAGGCCUCGCCCUCUUCAAAAACCUGGACCCCCCCAUCCCGCCCCAAACCGUCCUCGCCCACCUGCGCACCCACGCUCCCCAGCUCUCCGCCGCAUACCUCGAACACAUUCUGGGGGGGUCCGCGGGGAGUCAGCCGCCCAGCCUGCCCGCCACCCCCCCGCAGCUGUCCCGCCUCAGCAGCAGCAGCUUCGGGGGGGACAGUUUCGGGGGCGAGAGCACCCCCCCGGCGGCGAAAACGCCGACCGAGGACGAAGGGCUGAGCAAAGAGCUGGUGCAUUUGUAUCUCGAACGUGUUUUGGAGGAGGCCAAAGCGGGGAGUGUUUCAGGUCGGGGGGUCGGAGCGGAAACCGGAACAGCGGAAGGGGGAAGAAAGUGGGACGAGCGAGCGAAAAGCGAGACGCGGCAGAAACUGCUGUCGCUGCUCGAGCGGUCGACUGCGUACGAUCCGAAGCGGCUGCUGUCCGAAAUUGCGGACGGAGUUCUGCUGUACGAACGCGCUCUUCUGUUGGGCCGGCUGGGAAAACACCGGCAGGCGCUGUUUCUCUACUCGCGAGCGUUGGGGGAUCCCCCAGCCGCGGAGGAAUAUUGCACGCGGUUCCACGAAGAGGGGGGGAACGUGGCGGGGGGGAUCGAGCAGAGCAUCGGAGUGGAUACGGGGGCGGUCACUGGGGGGAGGGGACAGGGGGAGGGGGGGGUAGAAGGAAAGGGUGGGAGCGCCAGAAAAGGGGAGACGGAGGGGGUGAAUAUGUACUUGACACUGUUGGAGGUGUAUCUUGACCCUCACGUGGGAGCUUCCGAUGUCCCUUCUCACCAGCGUGGAGCCAACGAGGACACUCCACGUGGCACUGCGAGCAACUCCGACGGAGUCUCCACCUCAGGCGCCGGUAACGACGUCCAAGUCUUCCCGGGGGGUGCGCGCAGGGGCAGUUCUACCCCCCGGAGUCGAAAACCGCGCAACUUACAGCCAAACUUAGAAACGAUACGCGCCUCCUCUCAGAGCAGCGGUUCAGAGGAGGCCGCUUUCCAAAACGGCCCCGGUUUGGGAGCGGUUAGUGUAAACCAGGAGGUCAUGCUUGACGAUGCGCUGCGGCUCUUGGUGCGGUUUUGGGACCGAAUAGACGGCGCAAAGGCAGUGCGGCUGCUACCGGGGACGGUCGAGAUUGGGCGGCUGAUUCCAUUUCUCGGGCCGCUGCUCCGGCGGAUCAGCGAGGGGAAACGGAAUGCCGCGGUCGUGAAGAGCCUGCGGCGCAGCGAGAAUCUGCAGGUGCGAGAUCGGUUGCUCGAAGAACGGCGGCGUUCGUUCCGUGUGACAGGUGGCACUCUCUGCACCAUCUGUCACAAGAAGAUCGGGACAGGCGUGUUUGCCGUGCAUCCAGACAACCGGCUCGUCCAUUUCUCGUGCUAUAAGGAGACCGGGACAGCACCAUGAAAACUUUAUGCAAGUUUUGACUUGCGUACAAAUCAAACAUCUGUCGUUCUUCGGCUUCAUCAACUUCGGACUCUACGUUCUUCUUGCUAGCCGGGCGCCCCUUGCAGUGGGGAGCACUGCCAGGAUCGCGGUGGUACUUGCCUGCACUAAGGACACUGCAGCAAUGCCAGUCGUUGUCAGACCGUUAAUCUGAUCCAAGCAUAAUAAAUUCAUGUCCGACCAUCAAAUACGCGGACUUCAACUUCUCUCGCUUAAUGCACAGUUGAGACUGUGCGCUGCGUCAGAUCUUUUGCCUAAGGGUACGGGUGAUGCUGGAAGGGGGUCUAAGAAGUAGACAAUGAUUUUUAAUAUGGCGUUGAGGCAAGCUCGGCCAAUUGAGGCUCCUUAUUUACGGCAU